AGUUGUGAUUGAUCCAGGUCCAGGCGCGCGACUUAGUAGUGGGCGGGGCCCGAACCGGCUAUAAAAGCAGCAGCGGCGAGGCUCGUGCCGCUUUGCAGACGCCGCUAUCGCUUUUUGCCGCUUGCUGCAGCCAUGGUCAACCCCACCGUGUUCUUCGACAUCACGGCCGAUGACGAGCCCUUGGGCCGCGUCUGCUUCGAGCUGUUUGCAGACAAAGUUCCAAAGACAGCAGAAAACUUUCGUGCUCUGAGCACUGGAGAGAAAGGAUUUGGCUAUAAGGGUUCUUCCUUUCACAGAAUUAUUCCAGGAUUCAUGUGCCAGGGUGGUGACUUCACACGCCAUAAUGGCACUGGUGGCAAGUCCAUCUACGGAGAGAAAUUUGAGGAUGAAAACUUCAUCCUGAAGCAUACAGGUCCUGGCAUCUUGUCCAUGGCAAAUGCUGGACCAAACACAAACGGUUCCCAGUUUUUUAUCUGCACUGCCAAGACUGAAUGGCUUGACGGCAAGCAUGUGGUCUUUGGGAAGGUGAAAGAAGGCAUGAACAUUGUGGAAGCCAUGGAGCGUUUUGGGUCCAGGAAUGGCAAGACCAGCAGGAAGAUCACCAUUUCCGACUGUGGACAACUCUAAUUUCUUUUGACUUGAGGGCGUUUUACCCAACAAACCAUUCCUUCUGUAGCUCAGGAGAGCGCUCCCACCCCAUCUGCUCGCAAUACCCUGUAAUCUUUGCUCUCACUGAAGUCUUUGGGUUCCAUAUUUUCCUCAUUCCCCUUCAAGUCUAGCUGGAUUGCAAAGUUAAGUUUAUGAUUAUGAAUAAAAACUAAGUAAGAACUGUU